AUGGUUGCUGCUAGUUCCGGUGAUGAACAAGAUGAUGAACUAAGAUUCUUCAUCCUCUCCUUCCUCAAGGCUUCCUCAACCGAUGAACUCAACGCUGUUCUCCGCAAAAUCGCUUCCAGUGUCUUCGUUGACGGAAGCAAAAAAGGCGGCCCUAAAAUGCGUGGGCAUAAGAACUUUGAGAAACAAUACAUUGCGGCUUAUGAUGGUUUUAAGGUACUCAGACUUCCUUAUCGACAAGGCCGUGACAAUACCAACCGCAACUUCUCAAUGUAUUUCUAUCUACCGGACAAGAAAGGUGAAUUGGAUGAUCUUUUAAAGAGAAUGACAUCUACUCCUGGAUUCUUGGAUAGUCACACUCCGAGAGAAAGAGUUGAAGUCGAUGAAUUCAGAAUUCCAAAGUUUAAGAUCGAAUUUGGGUUUGAAGCUUCAAGUGUUUUCAGUGACUUUGAGAUUGAUGUGUCAUUUUACCAAAAAGCUUUGAUUGAGAUCGAUGAAGAAGGUACUGAAGCUGCUGCUGCAACUGCUUUUGUUGACAACGAAGAUGGCUGCGGUUUUGUGGAGACGUUAGAUUUCGUGGCAGAUCAUCCAUUUCUUUUCUUGAUUAGAGAAGAACAAACCGGAACUGUUUUGUUUGCUGGUCAAAUCUUUGAUCCUUCUGCUUAG